UAUAAACGAAUAUUAACGCGUUUAUAUUUUGCUAUUAUUUAAAUAGAAUAGUGUAGAGAUAUUGAAAAAAAUCUGAUACGUGUUAUGUUGUCCUCGGCGACGGCACAUUUACCAGCGGGUGUCACCGUAACGGAAUCUGUGUCUUCUUUCAACUUAUUUAAUAGACAAGUGAAAUAUGUAUCGAAAUUUUAUAAACUUAAUAACCUCGAUAUAGUUGAAACAUUGACUGUGUUUGAAUCUGAUGCUGAUGGUGAAUUUCGCGUGGUUUAUCAUGGAGAAGUGAUUUCAUUUCCAGAUAUACAAUCGGCUGUAAGAGCGGAAAAUUUAUACCGUUUGCAAUGUAAUAACAACUAUACUUAUCAACGCAUCUUAAGAUAUUCAAAUGAGCCAUCACCUUCACCGCAGUUUGCAGCCCCUUCUCCACAUGCACAUGCCCUUUUGCAGCCGCAACUAGCAUAUGCAACACCGCCUCCGGCUAUUCGAAUACCAGCGCAGACACCAACCAUCUUUGUGCCAUCAUCACCGGCUCUGUAUCCACAAUCACCGUUUUUAUACACAUUACCAACACAAACUGCUGUUGCACCGACAAUGCUAGCUUCACCAUUAACACCAACUACACCGUGUCAUAUUCAAGGUUCUCGGGGUCCAAGAUUAAUUUAUCCCAACUGCAUGGCUCCGUAUCAGCACACGUAUUCACCUGUUCUAGCGCCAUUCAUGCCCGCACCAGUGUUUGCAACUACAGCGUAUCCGAUGCGAAGUUCAAGGCGAAAUAAUGGGCGCCGUAUGGAAUCGAAUUCCCAUGCAUAUUCCAUGAUUGUGCCAUCGAACAUGUAUCACAUUGACUACCCAGUACCACAGAUUCAUCCUUCAGUACCGUUACCUUUGCCUUAGGACAACAAAUGAUUUGCAAGUUUUUUUACAAAACUUUUUGAGUCUUGAAAAAUUUUGGUUUGAUGAAAUUUUUGUAAUUUGAAUAAUGACGAGACAAAUUUUUAUGUUAAAGUUUUAAAGAAUUUCGAUACUGAUUAAGUCAAGGCAUUGAAAAUUUAAUUCAUCGGGACCAUCUUUUAUAUGUGUUUUUUACGGAGGCAACUUAAGGAGGCGAAAUUUUAAAAUGAGUAA